ACAGUGGUCAGUGCUGUCGAGGGCAUGUUCGUACUUCUGAAUCGCUUGCAGGCCGGAACAGACCGACUCGCGUCACGACCAGGCUAUGCAUGACCGCUGUACGCAUCAAUAUUACGGCUCAGCGCUCACGGGGGUGCGCGCCGUCGGUGCGUCUUGUGUGAUUGUCUCACUGGACGGUCUCAACACGGCGAUGGGUCUGCGGCCUCUGCAGCCCGGGCGUCGUAGCCUUCGUCAUACGUCCGAGUAUAAAGGCCAGCAUGCUUGGACGGGGUCUGCCCCAUCCCCCUCUUUUGCUUCAGCAACUCCAAAGUUCCUCUUCGCACUCUUGCCUUCGCAAUUCCUCGAGCUUUGGCCGAUAUGUUCGCGUUCUCAAUCCUCCCCGUCGUUCUCGCAGCUAGCACCUUUGCUAUGCCUGCCGCUUUGACUGCCCGUCAGGACCCCUGCAGCGCCCUGGGCGAGGGCGCGACCGGCUCGCUCGCGUACGACUUCAGGCUCGCCGCGGUCGGCGUGUCGGGUGAAGGUGUUUGGAGCACGACCAAGCUUGCUCUCCUGCAGGGCGCGGAUGACAAUUGGAUGUUGCGGACCUGGGAGAACAACACAGGAAUCUUCCCGUCCUGGAAGCUGCAGCAUGGCGAGCUCAUCCCGAACACGGGCCCUGGUAGCGACGGGCUGGUAGGCACUGACUUUGCGGUGUCACCUGCGUCCAUUGUCGAGUUCGGCGUGACGAACAACGGUUCUGGCAACGCCAAUGGUGGGCAUACGCCUUAUUGCGUUCUGCCUGACGCGUCAGGAAACACGACCCUCGCCGCCAACAACAACACGCAGGGCUUCUCCAUCUGCGAGACUCCGGACCUUGAAUGGGUCGUGGUGUACGAGCCGUCGUCCGACAACAAUGGUGCUUACGACGUCACCACGUGCAGCUCUCAGCAAGUGCAGCUCAUCGCACCGUGAGCUUGCCUGCCAGUGGGCUAGUGCGAGGAAGACUUCGCGAUCAUGGACAUUCUUAUCAGACUACGUUGGACA